UAGACAUGGAGGAUGGGAAGCCUGAUCUGCUGCUGGUCAAAGAGGAGACUAUAGAAGAUGAACCAGAGAGCAUUGAUCUGCUGAGUGGACUAAAGAUGGGGAAGCAAGGAGGACGAGGUGCUGCUGGUGAAGGAGGAGGGGAGUGAGGAGGGUCUGGGGAACCCUGAGAGGACCAUGGUCAUGGAGGACAACCAGAUUACACCUCCUCCUGAACCCACAGAGGAACCAGCUGAGCAUCACAGGGCCACACACUGAGUCAGUAGACAUGGAGGAUGGGAAGCCUGAUCUGCUACUAGUCAAAGAGGAGACAAUAGAAGACUGACCAGAGAGCAUUGAUCUGCUGAGUGGACAAAAGAUGGGGGAACAAGGUCAGGUAGAAAUAGACUACAUUCAGUAAUAUAUCUUCGAUGGGAGUAGUGAUGCACCCGCCUAUAUUUUUUUAUUACUGUUCUUCAUUUAUAAAAUGAAAUCAAUACAACUUUAGUACUAGUGGUUGCGGGCAUUCAUAGCCGACCGCUCAGACGAGUUCCAGCUAGUCAUUUUUUUUCUGUUCUGAGCUUUAAAGAUACUGAUCAUGAAUAGGAGAUUUAAUGUGUAAUGUAAAACAUUUCCGUAAUUCAAAGAACAGCACGCACAUCGUUUUCAUUUAGCUACACCCUUUAAGCUAUGACGCCAACCAAUAACAUCCUUUCUCUUCAGUGUAAACGGAAGUAAACCAUGACCAAUAACUAUUUCCACGUUAGCGUUUUUCUUGUUGUUAUUUAGAGGUUUAUUAACACCAUGGAAUUCAAAAUAUGACUAAUUUAUCUGCACAGCAUCACAUACUUACCCCAUGUAGUAUUUAAUUUGCGUUGGAGACAGGACUUGGUUGAUAGAUAGUAUAUAGGUGACGCUAGCUAGCUGCUAAGGUUAGCUAUGGCUAACUGUAUGGUUUUCCACACUCAAAUAGCCUCCAUCAUGGAGGUGCUAGCGAAUGCAGCCGUGGCAGAGAUCUGUAAACUCGUAGACGACGACUAUGCAGUGUUUCGUUUGGAAAUAACUCAAAGCCAGAAAGAAAACAGGGCAUUGCGGAGGAAAUUACAGCUACAAGAACUGAAGGUGGCACGGGAGCGCGUCCUCGCCAGUCGUCCCAGUAGUGUCAAGCUCGUCGACCGAUACAGAGGAAUGGCAAGAGUUGAAGGAAAUCUCACUGGAGGCCACAGGAGCUUUGUGAAGCCAGCGAGACACAAUACAUGGAGAAAUGACCAACCAAUCAAUGUUGAUGAGGGGAGUGGAACCUCAACCCAGAACGUUAUUGUGAUAGAGUCUGCAGAUACAGAGGCUGCAGGUCCUGGAGUCAAGCAGGAGAGGUCUGAAGGAGAGGAGGAUCCACAACACAGCAGCGACAUCCAGACUGGAGCGCCCCAUGUAGUCACAGAGGACCCCACCACCACCCCAGCGCAGCCCAGGGACAUCAGUAGGACGCCGAACGCCGUCCUCAAGUCUGAGACCGAGACUUUAACGAGGCUGAGGAGACUGGGCUGUCCUCCUACUCCCCGCUCAGAGUAUUUACUUUACGGUAACCGGAGCCAUAGGACGGUUCUGUCCCAUCGGGAUUCAGGUGAAGCGUUACAGACUGGCAAUGAUCCGACCUGUUCCUACGCUACAGAGACAGAGAUGAUACCUGGUGACGUGCCUGUGGGCUUAGAUACUAAUCCAAUAAGAGGGGACUGGAACCAGUACAGUAGUAGUGUAUACUCUGAAGGGUUCCUAGAUAAGAAAGGGGAUGGUCUGGUUGUAGAUGAGGUGACUGUGAAAGAGGAGGGUGACGAUCCUCUGACAUGGAAUGCAGACCAGACUCACUUAGGAGAAGGACAGUCGCAGGGCAACACUAGUGACUUCUUAGACUACAGGGAAAGUUUAGAGCCAAAUCCAAAUAUCGCAACCCACUCCCCUUUACACGCGCGCAGGGACCGCGACCCAGUGUCCACAUCAAUGGCACCUUCCGAUUCACACGGCCGCAUCCUUUUCGAUCAAGUAUUGAACUCAAACGACAAGGCUAGAGUCCAGGCUGGGGAAGGGGGAGCAACAUCAGGCGGUACUAAAGAGAAACGGUUCUUCUGCAUGUUCUGUAACAAAGGCUUCAACUGCCCCCAGAAGGUGGAGAUCCACCAGAGGGUCCACGUAGGGGUGAAACCCUUCAGCUGUAGUCAGUGUCAAAUGCGCUUCUCCCAGGCUUGGAACCUGAAGAUCCACCAGAGGGUCCACACAGGGGAGAAACCCUACAGCUGUAGCCAGUGUCACAUGAGCUUUGCCCAGACUUGCAACCUGAAGAGGCACCAAAGGGUCCACACAGGGGAGAAACCCUACAGCUGCCCCCAGUGUGAGAAGAGGUUCUCCCACCAGCACCAGCUGAAGAUGCACCUAAAGGUCCACACGGGAGAGAGGGCCCAGUAUUACCCCCAGACUAGCGGUCACGAGUCAUGACCCCAGUUUAAUUCCACGUGACUCACGGUAACUUGGCUACUCCAAAACUGCGCUCUGUAAAUGAAUGGCGCUGAUGGGCGUUAUAAGCCUGCCAAACUUGCUAACGGCCUUCAAUUCGCUAAUAACCUGAUACUCAGCGCUCUAGUUAAAAUUAUAAAGUGUUGCAUUCUGAAAAUGCAGGUGUAUUGACAAUGACAUUCAAUUUCAAGUUCCACAUUUUUAUAUUUAAAUAGACUCGCUGCUAUUAUCCGAAACAUCUCAUCCAUCCUCCAUACCACACUCUCUCUCUCUGGACUCUGAGUGAAUGGGAGAGGAGAGUGAAAUGCAAAUCAAAUUGCAAAAAAAUGACAGUUUUAAAAGCAAAUAGGCCCACUGUUGUGACUGUUGGAGAGAUGAGGGUCUCAGCUUUCCGUAGGUAUUACAUUUAUUUCUCAACUCUCAAUAUGAAUCACUGUUUUUAACCAAACUAUCUGGUAGGCUAUGGCUUUGAGAUAUAGCUUAUAUGGAAUGGUGCGCCUGAAGCGCACAUCUGCCAUUUGCAGUGAUUGAGUAAGCCUAUAGACAUCAUUGGGUAAUGCUGCAAAGUUUAAGACAUUACAUUAACUGUUAGAUUAAUGUUAGAUUAGCUUGGUGACCCAAGCUAUAGGCUUCUGAGCGCCGAACCUACCAAGUUGAUUUAUGCGCUAUAGAUGGUUUUAAUUAUAUGCCUAGGCUUUUCUCAGUUUAUUUUUAAUUUUUACAGUUUAUAAUGUUAAAUAUUAUCCAUUAAAAUGGAACCACUGCCAGUAAUACCCACAUUAAUUUAUAACUGUCACUUUAGUGUUAGUUUCUUUCAAUUUGUAGCCUACGUUUCACAUCCUUCCAUUGCCAUUCUAUUUACCUUUCUUUCCUCUGUCACGUCCUUGUAAAUGGUUCCAGAGAGUCACUAGCAUUAGUGGCUCAUAUUAGGCUUACGUUCUGCAAUCAUUUGGAUCAUGUAGCCUAUUUUAAAUCAUUAUGGAACUGAGACCACACUUAGCAGUUUAAACAUGGAGCCUGGUUCAUGAUUACUGGACCAGUCAUUAGCCUACAAUUCCAUGAUUAGUGAGGGAUAAUGUAUUUAUAGGAAUAUUCUUGAACCCCUAUUGUACAAUUUUCUCACCUUCCAAUAUCUCAUUGAUUGAACUUGAAUAUGGCAACUUUCAGGAUCAAUAUUUUGCGUGUAAAGGCUCUCCAAACCUGUUUUUUUGUGAUUCAUAAAUACUUUCCUUACCCUAAAUAAUCUACAAGAUCAGAGUAUUUUUUAAAUCUAACAAUUGGUGCUGAAACGGAGGCGAAUAUGCAUAUAUUUAGAUGGCUUUCUUUCAUUGAUCCCUAAUAUUCUGAACCCGUUCUGUCGAUAUAUUCUAGUGAGUAUGUUGACAAAGUUCUAACUAAAAAGGUACCGCGUAUUUAAAGGGAUUGCUUAAAAUACAUGUACUGAAAACCCUGUUGAAUGGAAACUCCACAAGAAAAUCUGUUGGACAGCAAGUGGGAGGGUUUUCAGCGGUUGAAUGAAAUGUAUUUAGAGCAGGCAAGGUAACCGCACCUGCAGAGCACGUUACGCGACUGAAUAAGGUAACUCUGAAUACCAAAUACGGACAUCGACAGCAUCAUUGCGUUUUGGUACAUCAGAAGUACAUUCAUUUCCAAUGGAGUGCUGUGUUUGCCUUGCAGUUUCGAUGCGUUCUGUGUGGUACAAACCACUGUAUGCAUCAAAUUGUAUGCUAGACUUCACAGAAAUAGUAGGAAAAGGUGAAUGUUGAAUUUUUGAUGCACACAUCCACUAAACAUUGUUGGAUUACAUAUUGAAACAUGUUUUGACUGCAGAAUCUAUUACGCUGCAUUGAUGUAAUUAGCUGUCAGUCUGAUUUGACGCUUCAGAAGUGCAUAGGAAAGUCGUACAUUUCCAAGUCUGAAUCUGCCCCUUUGAGUUUCCACUUCAUCAGAUGGUGAAUUAGCCCAAGUACAUUUGUUAUAUAUUUUAUCAAUAAGAUGUCCCUACUGUUGGUGAGUGCAUCUGUCAUUUCAACUGAACAUUGUGGUUACAUUAAUGAAGAAUGAAAUCAAAUAAAUCGUAUUCAUAAUGAAUGAA